CGCCUCCUGAUCUGCUCACAGACCAAAGUCAUCCAGCUGUGGUUUUAUUUAGUUAUUUAUUUCUAUAAUUCUAACAGACUUCAUGUUGCUCAUGCUUUCUUAUGCAGUCUGUGGUCACAACAAACUUGUGAGCGCCACCGGAUGUGCUGGUCACCUGACGUGUGACGUGUUUCCUCCAUCAGCGCUGCGGUGUCAACGAUCUCUGGCAUUAAAUAAAAUAGAUUUUAAAAAACCAAUAACCAACUGUGAAAACAUUCAAAGACCUGUUCCAAGAAGAACAAUGAUGCUCCUUCUCUUGUCCCCUUAUUGAUUUAAAAAAAAAAAAUAUUAUAAUUUGUUUUAACUAAAUUGUUUUUCUUUUAUUUAACACAGAAUUUUAAAUCGUCAAAAUACAUUUAUCCUUUUGAGUCUGAUGUCUGUCAACUUGCUGGUUUAUGUUGUUUGUAGAAUUCUCCGUGUGGACAUUCGUUGUUCAAUAAAGUUCUGUCAUGAAAAAAAAAAAAAAAAACAGAAGUCAACAGUCUGGCGGCGCUGAGCGCGCGGUGGCUCAUGGGUUCAGCAGCACGUCGUCGUCCUUCUGUUUACUGCUGAUUACACGCAGAGGUCCGAGGUGAGCGCAGUGUGCGGGAACAUGAACGUCUCACGGGAACGAGUCCCGCGUCCCGUUUCCAGCCGCUGUCCGUUACGCAGCGCUCCUCUCCGCUGAUUUCCGCACGUUAGCAUCCUCCGUAGCCACCGUCCAGCAGGAUGUGCAGAGAGGGCGACGAGGCGCAGGACGACUGCGGCUCCCGGGAGGAGUGGACGCUGCUGUUCUGGACCUCUCUGGCCGUCAUCGUGCCGGUCAUCAUCACGCUGUGGUGCAGCGCGCAGCGCUCCAAGCGGAAGACGCACAUGAAGGACUUCUUUCGCAAGAGCAAGCACGGCUGGCACUACACGGACCUGUUCAACAAGCCCACCUACUGCUGCGUCUGCUCCCAGCACAUCCUGCACGGCGCCUUCUGCGACUGCUGCGGUGUGUGCGCCGACGAGCAGUGCCUGCGCCGCGCCGACCGGAGCCUGCCCUGCAAGGAGAUCGUGGCUCCGUCCGGCCGCGACGGGGCCAUGGAGCACCGCUGGGUCCGCGGGAACGUGCCUCUGGCCAGUUACUGUGCCGCAUGCAAGCAGCAGUGCGGGACUCAGCCGAAGCUCUGCGACUUCAGAUGUGUGUGGUGUCAGACCACGGUGCACGACGACUGCAUGGACAGCCUGGCCGAUGCGGAUGUGUGCGACCUGGGCGAGUUCCACAGCCUCAUCAUCCCUCCUCACUACCUCUACCGGGUCAACAAGCUCCGCCGCCGGCACCCCGACGAGUACAGCAAGCUGGGCUCCUCCUGCGGCGGCGCCUGGACUCCGGUGUUGGUCUUGGCUAACACGCGUAGCGGUAACAACAUGGGGGAGGCUCUGCUGGGAGAGUUUCGGACCCUCCUCAACCCCGUGCAGGUGUUCGACCUGUCCGAGCUGACUCCGUCCAAAGCCCUCCAGCUGUGCACCCUGCUGCCCCCCGGCAGCGUUCGGGUGCUGGUGUGCGGAGGUGACGGCACCGUGGGCUGGGUGCUGGAUGCCAUCGACACCAUGAAGCUAAAGGGCCAAGACCAGUUCAUCCCGAGGGUGACCAUCCUGCCUCUGGGGACGGGGAACGACCUCUCUAACACUUUGGGUUGGGGCGCCGGAUACGCUGGAGAGAUCCCGGUGGAGCAGGUUCUCCGGAACGUCCUGGAUGCCGAAGUGGUUAAAAUGGACAGAUGGAAAGUGCAGGUAGCUUCAAAAGGCCUCUACUUCCGCAAACCAAAGGUUCUGUCCAUGAACAACUACUUCUCGGUGGGACCCGACGCUCUGAUGGCGCUCAACUUCCACACUCACCGCGAGAAGACGCCCUCCUUCUUCUCCAGCCGCAUCAUCAACAAGGCUGUUUACUUCCUGUACGGCACCAAAGACUGCUUAGUGCAGGAAUGUAAAGAUCUGGAUAAGAGGAUUGAGCUGGAGCUGGACGGGGAGAGGGUGGCGCUGCCCAGUCUGGAGGGCAUCAUUGUCUGCAACAUCGGCUACUGGGGCGGAGGCUGCAGGCUCUGGGAGGGGAUGGGAGACGAGCCGUGUCCGCCCACCCGGCUGGACGACGGCCUGCUGGAGGUGGUGGGGGUGUUCGGCUCCUUCCACUGCGCUCAGAUCCAGGUGAAGCUGGCCAACCCGGUCCGGCUCGGUCAGGCCCACACCGUCAGGCUGGUUCUGAAGAGCUCCAAGAUGCCCAUGCAGGUGGACGGGGAGCCGUGGGCCCAGGGUCCCUGCACCAUCACCAUCACCCACAAGACCCAGGCCCUCAUGCUGUACCACAGCGCCGAGCAGACGGACGACGACGACGACGAAUCCAGCGCCUCGGAGACGGAGAGUCCCACCCCUCACGACUCGCCCAGGCCUCCGGGGCCGGCCUCGGCUCGCGCGCUACCCAUCAUGUGAUCCCUUCUUGUCCUUUUUUUUUUCCAGCCCGGUUCUCUUUAAUCCCUCGUGUGCAUUCGUCGUCCUCCUCCCAGGUCUUUGUCCACACAAUCACGCCGAUGUGCACCGAUGGGUGAGAAAGAUUGGAAGUGAGCUGGUGUGAGUCGUUUCGUCGGUCUUUUAUCGUGUAACCCGGAGCUCAGGCAGUUUCCCCUCCGCCGUCAGGAGGUGAAUGUUGUGGUGAGAGAUUGCUGUUCAUUUGCACUGAGCCCUCGUGCCAUAGAUAGUCUGUAGUGUAUUUAUUCUACUGUAUGUACAACUGAAUGCUCAGUGCAGCCCUGCAGGUAUCAGCGAGCCAUCUAACAGGUCGCCCAGGUUCAGCUGACCAUUAAAGCCAUGUUUAAAAUCAGCGGCAGGGGACAUGAAAGAGAGACCAGCACCGUCACAGGCUGGUUGUGGAGGUCCGGCGGAUGCUUUAUUUCUUCUAAAUUUUUAUCCGCAAAAAGCACAAACAAUCAGAGGGAGACACAUUUUCUGAGAAGGGAUAAGAUAUAAAAAACAAAAGAAAUCCUCUUUCAGGCUCCUC